AUGUCUGAACCUGCUCCCGCAGCAGGCACACAGCCAGACCACCAGCAGCGUUCUUCUGCGGCUUUACGAGAGAAGCUGGAUGAACAGAUCAACAAGGACGCAGACGAUGCCCCUGAGGGAGCCAUAGACGAUAAGAAUGACGAGCAGGAGCAACAGAACGAACAUGCCUCCGGCGAAAAGGCCAAACCUCCUGGCGGCUACGAUCCGACGCCUUUCCCUGACGUGCCCCCAGGCUGGACCGUCCGUUUCGUCUUCCACCGCGCAGAGAACCUCCCCGCUGCGGACCUCACCACCCGCGCUGCCGACCCCUUCCUCACUGCCACCCUGUCCGCUCCACUCCCCAAGAGGCACAAGGAGGAUGCGCCCCUGGUCAAGAGGACACACGCCGUUCGAAACACUACAUCGCCCGUCUGGGACGAGGAGUGGAUUGUCGCCAACAUCCCCUCCGCUGGCUUUAGGCUCAAGUGUCGCCUCUACGACGAGGACUACCCUGAUCACGAUGACCGCCUGGGCAACGUCACCCUCGAGUGCGCCCAGAUCGGCGAGGGCUGGACCCUGGGUCCCGACGGCCAGUGGCUCGACGUCAAGAAGCGCAUGGGCAGCAAGCGCGCCUACUUCUUCAAGGCCAUCACGAGCACCCUCGAGAAGGGUGUCUCCAUGACGGGCCGCCUCCAUCUUAGCGCAGAGGUUAUCGGCCGCUCCGAGGGCUUUGGUGCCCAGAUGUACACUGUCGGACCAGGUUUCUACUUCAAACACUUUAGUCCCAUGCUCGGGAGGUUGACCGGCAUCAAGGUGAACGAGGAAGCCUCAGAGGAUGAAAAGGAUGAAGAUGACAAGAAACUUCAGAAAUACGACUUCCAGUCCAACGAGAUUCAAUUGCGGGGACCCGUCCCCGAACACCUGUACCAUCGCUUCGUUGAGUUUAAAGGUUGGGUCGGGCCCAUGUUCACGGGGAAGGGCAUCCGCGGCAAGAUCUUGCACAAGGUGCUGCACAAACAACACAACCGCAUCUAUGCCUUCAACUCGUCGACGCAGUGGGGUCAGUUCAAGAGCGGGUCCGAGGAAGCAGCCCUCCACUUCCUGCGCAUGGCUCACUUUGACGAAGGCGGGCGCAUCUUCACGUACGUCAUCACUCUCGAUGGCCUGAUGCGGUUUACCGAGACCGGCAAGGAGUUUGGCAUCGACUUCCUCUCCAAGCAUACCAUGCACUCGGACGUGGCCACCUACAUCGCCUGCUCGGGCGAGUUCUUCAUACGGCGUCUCGCCAAGCCUGAUGCCCCGGAGCACCAGGGCGACCCGUACGUCAACGAGCCGACGCACCCUGCCGACGACCUCUCUAACGGUCCGCCGGGAACGCCGCCGCCUGCGGACCCGAGGCACUACCAGCUCAUCAUCGACAACGACAGCGGCACGUAUCGACCGGACAAGCACCAGCUGCCCCACCUCCGCGAGUUCCUGGAGCAGAAUUUCCCGGGACUCGGCAUCGUCGCCAUGCACUGGGAGGACGAGGAGCUCCAGAAGCUCAAGGACAACCAGCGGAAGAUCAAGAAGAAGGAGGGUCAGAUGAUCAAGAUGGUGCAGAACCGCAGUCCUGACUCGAGUGACGUGAGCAGUGACGACGAGAGCAGGCUGAGCGACAUGUACUCGAGCGAGGGGGCGGGGGGUAAUGAUAUCGGCGAGGAUGGCCACUACAAGAGCAAAAAGGGCAUGGCGGUGGACCUGCUGGAGGACCCGCACCGGCUGAAAGACCUGUCACUCGGGAGCAAGAAAGGCACUGGCUCGACGCAUUGA